AUGGCAUCCUUUCAUCAUCUCUCUUUGAAUGAUGAGGAAGAAGAACUUGAUUUCCAACCUGAUGAAAUUCCCAACCAAACAACAGACCCCCGCCUUUGCCUUGUCGGCCGCUUCCUCACUAAUAGACCAAUUCGCUCCUAUAUGAUGAUGGAAAAAAUUGAAUCAUUUUGGAGUCCUGUCAAAGGUGUGAAAAUUCAAGAGGCAGAACCAGGUCUUUACACUUUCCAAUUCUUUCACCAUCUUGACCUGCAGAGAAUCAUCAAGAAAGGGCCAUGGUACUUUGAUAACCAUCUCCUUGUCCUCAAUGUCCUUCCAGAAAAUGGCGCACCAAACCAAGCAAACCUUCAAUUUGUGCCAUUCUGGAUCCAGGUUCACGAUGUGCCAGUUGGUCUUAUGUCAGAAAAGGUAGGGAAAGACAUAGCAAAUUUCCUCGGUGAUUUUAUUGAGUACGACGCCAAGAACAAUUCGAAUCACCUCCGUACCUAUAUGAGGAUCAGAGUUAUGUUGGAUGUUACAAAGCCAUUGAAGCGCCAGAAAAAGAUCAAGAAGCCAGGAGGCGAAUCAAGCUAUAUUCGAUUCAAAUAUGAACGCCUAGGUAAUUUCUGUUACUUCUGUGGCAUGCUUGGUCAUAUCGAGGAUUAUUGUGAAAAACUCUACUCCAUCGACUCUGAUGAUGGAACACGAUUCUGGACCCCUGAUCUGCGAGUUGAAAAGCAAAAUUCCUCCCACCGGCAACAAGCUUCCGGCAUUGCAAUCCAUUCACCGAUGACAGUUACAGUAUCUAGCAGUCAAGCUCAAGCAAUAAAUGCAGAAUCCGCAGUUACUAAACCUGUCAAUUUGGCAAGUUUACUAAGGAAUCCACAAUUAAUGCGCCCUCCAACAAUUAAUAGUCAGGCGGUUACUAAUUUUAAGGGGAAAAUUACUGAUGAGCUGUUACAAGAGGAAAAUUCAGAGGCAUCUAUUUCAAUCAAAGCAAAACGGUCAAGAGGCAUUAAUAAAAUUGAGCAGCCAAUGAAUUUUGAAUCCCAGCUCCCACCUAUCCUUUCUGCAACAACUAAUGAGAAAAUUCUUGCUGACUCCCCUACCCCACAGGGAAACCGUGCACCUACAGGAAAUGGUGACAAAAACUCAGUGACGCCCAUGGAAGUCUCUCAGUCGUCGCCUUCUUUUUUAUUGGCAGAGCCUGGCUCCCAGGCCUGCCAGGCGAAAUGA